AUGUCUGACGAAGAACCGAAAAAGAACACCAUCCUCUCCCGCAACAAAGAGGGCACCAUGGACGCCACGGCUCUCCUCUGGCACGCCCUCUGCGACAAGCCCAAGACGAUCCGCAAGUACAUCACCCACGACGCCGUGCUCGCCGAGCCGGACCGGGAAGUCUACUCGCCCAAGACGGAGCCGACACUGAAGGAGUACCUCGAGGACUACUACGAGCCGUGGACGGCCUUCAAGAUCCACGACGACCCGGACUUUGUCGAAAUCGACCUGAUGAGCUCGGCCGUCACGUACCGCGUCACCGCGUGGCGGCUCCAAGGCGGCGAGAUGGUUGCGACGGAGGGCUGGUGCUCGACCACGUUUCGGCAAGGGGCCGGAGGUGACUGGAAGUGCUGUGCUCACCACAUGGCCGAGAUUUGA